CACACACAUCACUCUCUCUCUUUCUGAUUGCAGCGAGUCUCAGGCCUUGUUGAAGUUCAGUUUGAUCCUUUCUUCGCGGUCACGAUGCCGACUAUUAAACUGCAGAGCUCUGAUGGGGAGAUGUUUGAAGUGGAUGUUGAAAUCGCCAAACAGUCCGUCACUAUAAAAACCAUGCUUGAAGAUUUGGGGAUGGAUGAUGAAGGCGAUGAUGAUCCAGUCCCUCUCCCAAAUGUUAAUGCAGCUAUUCUGAAGAAGGUAAUUCAGUGGUGCACCCACCAUAAAGAUGACCCUCCUCCCCCAGAAGACGAUGAGAAUAAAGAGAAAAGAACUGAUGACAUCCCUGUGUGGGACCAGGAGUUCCUCAAAGUAGACCAGGGCACCCUCUUCGAACUCAUUCUGGCGGCAAAUUAUUUGGACAUCAAAGGUUUGCUAGAUGUUACUUGCAAGACGGUUGCAAACAUGAUUAAAGGCAAAACCCCAGAAGAGAUCAGAAAGACGUUCAAUAUCAAAAAUGAUUUUACAGAGGAAGAGGAAGCCCAGGUACGCAAGGAGAACCAGUGGUGUGAAGAGAAGUGAAGAAUAUCCUGAUACACUUUAACACUACCAAUUGUUCCAGAAAACAAAAAUGAUUGAAAAAUUGCACUGUGCUUUUCAUAUUUGUUCAGAUUCAACACAAAUAAACAGUCAAAUCCCUUGUGUUUUGCUAGCAUGACCAUUUUCAUUGCUUUGUGUGGAGCAAAAGCUUUUUUUCUGUUUUUCCAUCAUUUACUUCACUGGAAUGAGGAGCCUUCACCCUUAUUCAUGUAGAAAACACGCACUCCCUUUCGUGGCUGCUGUACAAAUGUUUUUUUGCUGUUGUUUUUUUAACAGAACUUUAUCAGCAGAGUUAAAAGUAGAUUCCUUUUUCUUUUUGAGAAAUGAACAAACACCGAUCAGCCACAACAUGACCUCUCUCAUCAAAAAGGCAUUUUCAUCCGCAGAACUGCCGCUCACUGGAUGUUUUUUGUUUUUGGCACCAUUUGGUAUAAAUUCUAAAGACUGUUGUGUGUGAAAAUCCCAGGAGAUCAGCAGUUACAGAAAUACUCAAAUCAGCCCACCUGGCACCAACAAUCAUGCCACAGUUGAAAUCACUGAGAUCAAAUUUUAUACACAUUCUAAUGGUUGAUGUGAACAUUAACUGAAGCUCCUGACCCGUAUCUGCAUGAUUUUAUUCACUGCACAGCUGCCAGAUUAUUGGCUGAUUAGAUAAUCGCAUGGAUGAUUGUUGGUGCCAGAUGGGCUGGUUUGAGUAUUUCUGUAACUGCUGAUCUCCUGGGAUUUUCACACACAACAGUCUCUAGAAUUUACUCUGAAUGGUGCCAAAAACAAAAAACAUCCAGUGAGCGGCAGUUCUGUGGACGGAAGUGCCUUGCUGAUUAGAGUUCAGCAGAGUAUGGCCAGACUGGUUUGAACUGACAAAGUCUACGGUAACUCAGAUAACCCCUCUGUACAAUUAUGGUGAAAAGAACAGAAUCUCAGAAUGCUCAUAGGCAGGUGGUUUUAAUGUUGUGGCUGAUUUGUGUAUAGCUUGAGGGGAUUUUAUAAACCUAGCCUUAUUUGUGCUGAUGAAAUUUAACCAUAUAGGAAAUCUAAAGGUUGAAAUGUUUGAAACAUGUCUUGUGAACUGGAAGAACUUGUUAAAGUCCAUGUGUAUUCUUUCAAUUUAUUUACUCUGCUCAUUGUAUUGGACAGGGAGUCUUUCACAGUUCUGCUCGAAAAUGGUUAUCAAUCUUUUAAUUCCAAAAAAUAAAACUAUUAUUGUGGGAUUUGUCA